AUGAAGUGCAAUUAUCUGUUCAGUUCGUUAUCGUUGUUCGAUCUAUUCUUAGUUUUCCUAUUAUUAUUCGCAUCAGCGAUCGAUGCGUGCGAUGUGAUGGGCGCUCGAGCUUGUGGAAAAAAGCCGGAUAAGGAUGUACAAGAAAGUGAUCCGGUCAAAUACUGCAUAGCUUCGCGGGUAUAUUUCGAAUGUGUUCAUAAGAAAUAUCGCGGAUGUGAAAAUAAAGAAAAAUACGAAGUAGCAAUGGAAUCAAUGAUGAAAGGCAUUCGAAAGCGCGUCGAUGAACUUCUUGCUUUCUGCAGUGAUAAAAUUGAAAAUUAUAAAUUUAACAUCGUGUGGGAUUCGCCGAAAAAACCUGAAGCAAGCGAUUCCGUUCGUAGUGGCGUUUCCUCGAAGAACGGCAUUCUUGGUUCAUCACCUAUUCAAUCGUCUGCAUCGAUUGAUGUAUGUCAAGUAAAAGCAAUCAAUGAUCUAUGUCAACCAUUAAUGAUCACAGUUAAAUUCAAUCCUUCGUGGAAUACUCUAAACAAACGUAGUUGGUGUCAACAAGCGACGAUUUACUAUCGCUGUUUGAAAUCUCGUCUAGAUAAAUGUCCUCAACAGGAUGUUCUCAAUCAGUUUCAACAAUUAGAACGUUACCUUGUUUCGCAGAUCAAUAUCAACUGUCCGGGAGGUGUGGAUGGUUGUACUCGUUAUUCAACUGAUGCUCGUUGUAAAAUUGGUAUAGAUCGAUCGAAUUCAAGUUCAACUCGAUUCCAUUGGAUUUACUUUCUUGUUCAAUCGGUAUUACAACUACUACUAAUGAUGAUAUUGUAA